AUGGCAGCGAUCAUGGUCACAGUACUGAGCAUGUGUCUGUUCAAGGGACUGGCAUUUAGGCGCUUUGAUCAGAAAUGCAAGCAGGUCUCGAUUGUUUUGCAUUUUGGCACGCAGGUUCGCCAAGGCCCCUCGUUCGAGUCUCGUGUUGAUAUUUCCGAAUAUUUCGGAAGCUCGCUGACAUAUCUCGGACAUAAUAAGAUGAUCAUCGAGAACAGAACAGCCAUUCCUUUUGCCCGUAUGAUGAUCUUGACCGACACGCGCGCAAAAUUGAAGCAGUAUUGA